GCAAUUUGAAUGAUGCUCAUGUGUAAAGCAACAAUUUUUCGAUGGUAUGUAGUCUAUUUUACUUGAAUGUCCGUACCAGUUGUUAUUUUUCAAAAUAGUUUUAAAUUGCUUAUUGAUUCGAGCUGAACAAAUUUUUAAAUAUUCGUUGCGUCAACAAUAUCGGCUUUUGAACCUUUCUGAUUCAUUGCGAAUUGAGUACGUCAUUGUACAUAAUCUGUUAAGAUAAGCUGUUUCGUGUUUGUGGUUCAUAACUUUUUGCUUUCAAUGCUCAAACUUAACAUAUAAUUUAGGCGUUUUGUAUAUUUAAUUGCACAUUGUGAGUUCAAUUUACAGGAUUACAGAAGUCAAUAUUGUUUAAGAAUGGUAGUUGGCAGAAUGUCCUACAAGGUUAUAUCUUCAGCCGAGGACAGCAAAGAACUUUUGGACUCAUUUGACACCUUUCUGUUUGACUGCGACGGAGUUCUCUGGGAGGGCGAUGAUCCGAUUCCAGGAUCAAUCGAAGCUGUCAAUUUCCUCUUGGCCAAUCAGAAGCAGGUACUCUAUGUUACGAACAAUUCCUCGAAGUCCAGAAGGCAAUAUUCGGAGAAAUUCAAGAAGCUCGGAUUUACUCCAGUGGAUCCGAAGAACAUUGUCAGUUCCGGAUCCUCUGCCGCGUUUUAUGCGUACAAGGUGAUGCAACAAAGAGCAGAUCCCAACAAGGAUACUAUAUUCUAUAUCGGGCUACCAGCCUUAGGCGAAGAACUGGCCAAAAUGGGGCUGAAGUCAAUAGCUGCAGCUGAGUUAGACUUGCCCAAAACUAUUCCAGAAUGGCAGUACUUCAAGAAAGAACCUAGAGUUGGUUGUGUCAUAGUCGGAGCUGACUGGGAAUUUAACUAUGGUAAGGCGACUGCGGCAGCAUCGUAUUUGGUGCACGAUGACGUCACGUUUAUUGGGACGAACAGCGACAGCCGACUACCGACGCCGAAUCCCGAGAUAAUCAACUGUGGCACAGGCUCGAUUAUCAAAAUGAUUGCAGUUGGCUCAGGCAGAGAACCGAUCUAUGCUGGAAAACCCGAACCUUAUAUGUGGGAGCACGUGCAAUACGAGUUUAAAGAUACAAAUAUAGACCUGAGCCGAACGUUGAUGGUGGGCGAUUCCCUCAAUACAGACAUUAUAUUCGCAAAUUCGGCUGAACCAAACCCGAUAUCUAGUCUGUUAGUGCAAACUGGGAACCAUAAACUGCACCACGUAGAAGCAAUGGUUGAUAAAAAAGAGACUCAGUCCAUUCCAACGUAUGUUUCCAAAUCUCUAAAGGAUGCUAUUUUGGGUGGUUGCAAUUAAUGCAAUCGUGACUGUAAUUUUUAACAUUGCAUGAUUAGCUUUGAGAUCCGAAAUCUCCUGGAGUAAAAAAAAUCUGCACUCACCUUGACGUAAAGUUUUUGUAACGUGAUAUGAUCCCUGCAUCUUAUGGAGCGAGACUUAAGCAAAUGAUAAUAACAACCAAUAUCCAAUUUGAAGUCGACUGAUGCCAUAAUUGGUUAUUUGUCAAAGAAGCGGAGGUCUUGCAUCUUAACUGAAAACUUAGUAUUUGACAUAUUGUUUUUAGUUCAAACUAUAAUCAAGUGUCGAUGUGUAUUGUAUCAAAGCACUUUUAUUGUCUAUAAAAUCAAUCAUAAAUUUACUUGUAGAACAUUU